AUGUCCAACAACAACCAGAACGGUGGACUCCUCGGCGGUCUAGUCGGUGGAGUCGACAACGUCCUUACUGGGGGUGAGAAAGCUAAUGGCCAAGGUGGUCUACUCGGAGGUCUCGGCGGUGCCGUCGGCAGCACGACGGAAGGACUCGGCAAGGGCCUGAACUCGACUACUAAGGGAGUUGGAAGCGCCGUAGGCCAGACUACGGAAGGUGUUGGCAACACUGUCGGCGGCGUGACAAACUCUGUCGGAAAUACCGUUGGCGGUGCCACCGGUGCGGGCGGAGCUGCUAAGAAGAACAACGACGGUGCAUUUAAGAGCUACGGUAUUUAA